ACUGAUCUUCCUGGGAGCAAAUGUACGUGUCCUAAAACAGGAAAGGUUUUAAAAGAAGAGAGUAUUUUGGAUAGGUGAAUAAAUAAAGGAAACUUACCAAACGUAGGAAUAUAUUUCAUUUUAUACGAAGAUCUAAGGGAUAAAAUCAGUUGGCGUGUACAAUAUCUGAAGGCUAAAAUUGGCUGUAACUUGAUCAACGUCUUCAUCCGCGAAGUUUUUGCUACUUUUGGUGUAAAGUGUUAGACAUUAGCAAAUAAAGCAGGAAACAUUUUCGUUACGAUGUGCUGCCGAAUCGAGUUCUCAACAUGUGUUUAGACCUGAGUUAGUAUGUCGAAGCAAAUGAGGAAUCUUGGCAGACAGGAGAUGACACCUUGUGGGCCAGUUAGGUGUACAGUGACACUUGCAUAUUAUAAGGACCUCCUUGGGCAAUAAGUGAUUCCAGCACUGCAAAAAAGCAAUGAUGUCCACACCACUAUUUUCGUGCAAGAUGGGGAGACACCGUAUAUCGCUUGGCAGAUUUGGUGUUAGGUGACCUCACUAUUUUUUUUUUCCUAAAUUACAUUGAUGUCCACAAUUAAAAUUCAAUGGAAGUUCUGAAAAUCCAUGAACAUCCUAAUCUGGUAGAAGAGUGUUGCAGUCUGAUAAAUAUGGAAUGGCCAAGGAGUAAGACAGCAAGGUUACGCAGUCUUCAGCAGUCUUCUGACAGCCUGCCAAUGUCUUUAGUAUUGGUAAAAGAUCAACAUGUAAUUGGCCAUAGCAAACUGACACUUUUACCAGCAGAGCCAAAUGCAUGCUUUGUGGAAUCUGUUGUUAUUCAUCCAUCAUAUCGCAAACAAGGUCUCGGCAAGGCACUCAUGAAUGCAUCAGAGAAUGAAGCUCAAAAGCUCGGUCUUCAUACAGUCUAUUUAUCAACUAUCGACCAACAAGGUUUCUACCUGAAACUUGGAUACACAGAAUGUGCUCCAGUUUCAGUUUAUGGCUGUCCUAUAGCAAAGUGGAAUUCAUCACAUAGUAUGGUCCACAACAACAUGCUCAGUGACCUAGAACUGCAAAACGAAGUUUCACUAUUAGACAGCAGAACUCUAACAAAAGAUACUGUGCCACUACAGCAUGCAGCUACUUCACUACUGCCCCCUCCUCCUCCUCCACCACCACCACCACCACCACCACCACAGUCAUUACCUUUGGCACCAACACAGAAACAAAGAAAGACUUUUAUGAAAAAAGUACUUUAAUAUGUGUUACAAUAAGAAACUUAAAAGUUUAUUGUGAGGUCCAGGUAUACAUGACAACAUACAAUAAUUUACUAUUUUUACAAAUCUUGUAUUUUCAUAAUGUUUAAGUACUGCUGAUGCAGCUCUCCAUGCUAUUCUGUCCUGUGCGAGCCUCUUCAUCUCCGAAUAACUGUUGCAACUAACAUCCUUCUGAAUCUGCUUACUGUAUACAUCUUUUGGUGUCCUUCUACUAUACAAACCAACCCCCCCCCCCCCAACACACACACACACACACACACACACACACACACACACACACACACACACACACUCUUCCCUCAAAUACUAAACUGGUUAUCCCUUUUGUCUCAGUUGUGCCACAAAUUUCUUGUCUCCCCAAUUCUAUUCAGUAACUCAUCAUUACUUAUGUGAUCUACCCAUAUAAUCUUCAAGAUUCUUGUGCAGCACCACAUCUUAAAAGCUUCUAUUCUCUUUUUAUCUAAACUGUUUUAUCGUCCAAUUUCACUUUCAUACAUGGCUAUACUCCAUACAAAUACCUUCAGAAAAGACUUCCAAACACUUAAAUGUAUAUUCGAUAUUAACAAAUUUGUCUUUUUCAGAAAUGCUUUUCUUGCUAUUGCCUGUCUACAUUUUAUAUUCUCUUUAUUUCAGCCAUCAUCAGUUAUUUGUUUCCCAGAAAGCAAAACUCAUCUACUACUUUUAGCAUCUCGUUUCCUAAUCUAAUUCCCUCAGCAUCACCUGACUUAAUUCGACUACAUUCCAUUAUCCUUGUUUUGCUUUUGUUGAUGUUAAUCUUAUAUCCUCCUUUCAAGACACUGCCCAUUCUGUUCAACUGCUCUUCCAAGUCCUUUUGCUGUCUCUGAGAGAAUUAAAGUGCCAUUAGCAACCCUCCAAGUUUUAUUUCUUUUCCCUGAACUUUAAUUCCUACUCCAGAUUUUUCUUUCAUUCCUUUUACUGCUUCUUCAAAGUACAGAUUGAAUAACAUCAGGACUUAUGACCUCAGCAGUUGAGUCCCAUAGUGCUCAGAGCCAUUUUUGAAUAACAUCAGGAAUAAGCUACAAUCUUGUCUCACUCUCUUCUCAACCACUGCUUCCCUUUCAUGUCCUUCGGCUCUUAUUACUGCCAUCUGGUUUCUGUAAAAUUUGUAAAAAUAGCCUUCCACUUCCUGUAUUUUACUACUCCUACCUUUAGACUUGCAAAGAGAGUAUUCCAGUCAACAUUGUCAAAAGCUUUCUGUAAGUCUACAAAUGCUAUCAACAUAGUUUUGCCUUUCCUUAACCUAUUUUCUAAGAUAAGUCGUAGGGUCAGUAUUGCCUUGCGUGUUCCUACAUUUUUUCAGAAUCCAAACUGAUCUUCCCCGAGGUAGGUUUCAACUGUCGAUACUGAAAUAUGAACUUUGUAGAGUUGUUUAGUUCCAUGACCUGGCAUCAUUAAGGCCAUUCUGUGACGUAGGUUAUUGGAAGGAACAAAGUGUCAGAAACCAUGGAACAUUUAUGAACUACCACCUCAUGAAUUAGAAUCAUGUUUUAACCAAUGUGCUCUGUCUUCUGGUGCAUUCAGAAUGUGAUAUGAAGUACACAUAUUGAACACA